AUGAAUGAAUAAAUUGGUUUAUUAGACUCAAAUGUCAUAGAAUACGAAUAUUGUUUUUAACAAUAGAUUAUUGUUGCCAAAACUUAGUAACAAAAUCUAUACAUAAUUAAAAUUUAAGAAAAAGCCUCAUCAAAAGUAAAAACAAACUUUUAAUAAAUGAGUGGUUAGAUUGUUUUAUAACUUAAAUUUGCUUUGAAAUGUAGUGAAAAUAUAUUAAUAAUUUAUUCUCCUAUUGUUUAAAUUAUCAAUUUACUUACUGCAUAAGAUCAAGAGCAAUUUUUAUAAUUUAAUUAGCGAUUAAACCAAAACUAAAACUAUGCAUAAAAUAUACCAAUUGUUAAUGUAAAAGAAUAGUUAAUAAUAUGCCUAUUUGAUAUAGAAAAUAAUUAUUUUUAAAGAAAUGACUAUUUAGCAAUAAACGUAGAAUAUUUUGAUUAUAGAUAAAAUAAUACAAAUAUCUAUUAUGAUUUAUAGUAUAGCGCUUUGAUAGGAGUAACUGGAGUUAUAAAAAAAAUAAAUAUUAUGACUUUUCCAGGUGAUUAAAAUUUUUUUACCUACUACACAGCAAACUCAUUUUUGUAAGGAGCAACAUAUUAUUUUGAGGAUCAAACAAGUAUAAUAUUAGUUGAUACUACUCCUGUUAUAUACUUAUGUAACUAUGUAACAAGAAAUAUAACAACAUUCAAUACAAUUGUUAAAGAUACUUAAGGUAUUUAGAUGGAUUAAAAUAAAAAUAUCAUUUUCUUAUAUUCUUACUAAUUUAUUUCUGCUUUGAAGUUUCCAGAAAUGUAACUUAUAGAGAUGUUUUCAUUACAAUAGUAUAACCAAGCAAAUAUCUUAUCUAUUUACGUAAAUUAGCUUAUUUAGGUGCUAAUAGUUUAAACAAAUACUGUUUUUAUUGCUUUUGAUCUUACAGAAGUACUUUAUUAAUCAGAAAUAAACUUAUUAUAGUAUUAAAAUGCUUAGAGUGUUUAUUUAAAUGAAGACUAUUAAAUUUAUUAUAGUAUUUCAAAUCUCUCACUCAAUCUAUUUUAUAAAGCAUAACUUGUUGACUCCUUGCUAUUCGAAAUCUCCCAAUAAAAUAUUUAUCCAUAUUUAACUGAGCCAAUAUUAAUAUCAGAAAAUUAAUUCAUAUAUAUUACAUUUAAUUAUUUAAAUCUAAUUUAAGUAAACCUCUAAAACAACUCUUUAGAGCUUAUAUCUAGAAUUCAAUUACAAAGUACGCCUGAUAACUUCUUUUUUGAUUCAAGCUCAAAUUAAAUACUUUUACUGUACAAGUCAAACUUUUAGUUAAAUAGUUUAAAUACCAAAAUAUUUAGUUAAGGUGAGAUAUUAUUAACUAAUUUUUAACAAGGUGAUAUAUCAAAAGCAUUCAUAUGUAGUAAUUAUAUUAUUGUUCCAAGUAAUAACUCUUUAUAAAUAUACAACAUCAAAUCUAACUAAAUAAAGAAUAUUGUUUUACCUAAUACUGAAGGUAAAAUAAAAUUAGCUUUUAAAUUACAGAUAAAGUAAAUUAAAUCACAGGAAAAUAAUUGGUGGAAAAUUCCCUUUGAAGAUAAUAAAAGAUUUAAUACAUAUGAUUGGGUUUAAGAAGGAAAUUUAACAAAAGAUAUUUUUAUAUUGCAAAAGUAAGAUAAUUAAAAUACAAUGUUAAUUUUAGAUUUGCUAAAGAUAGAGUUCACUUACCAAAAAAAUAUAGAUAAUUGGUAAAUAAUGAGUGUUGUAAAUGAUCCUAUUAAAUAACUCAUUUAUACUGUUAGUAACGAGGCAACUACAAAUAUAUUUAGAUAUACUUUAGAUUUUUUAACUUCGAUUCAAAAUCCUUGCUUGAAAUAAGCAAUUAUAUCUUUCGAUUAAAAUUUUGUAUAUUCUAUUUGCCCAAAUGAUAUUACUGUGUAUAAUGGAAUAAGCUUUGAACAAUAAUUUCCUUCACUAAACACAGGAAUUAAUGAAGCAAAUAAUUUAAUAAAUAUGAAUUAUAAUAACCAUUUUAUUAUAGUUUAAAAAAAUAAAUUAUCCAUAAUAUAACUGAAAUAUAAUGACACAUAUUCAAAUAUUUAUGAAUACGAAUAAAAAAACACUUUUUUAUAAAGUUUUUAGCUAAUCAUAGAUACUAACAAUGAAAGAUAUUCAUCUUUAUUGGUUUCUAAUUACUAAAAUAUAAGUUAAAUUAUAUUACCCUUAUCAACAAAUAAAUUAUGUUCUGUUUUAAUUGAACAGCAGGAUAGAACAUCUGAAAAUAUUUAUUCAAAAACUGUUAUUAAUGAGAUAACUUAAUCUAUUUAAUCCACUUAAUAAAUACUUUCAAUAAUAGAAAUAGAAUACCAAGAUGGAUAAUCUAUUGAAUAAAUAGACAUUAAUUUUCAAGGCUAAAAUAGAGAUGAAACACACAAAUUAAGCUUGAGUUUUUAAUUUAUUUUUAAAACAAAUGUCUCUAUCGUUAGCAACUCAAAUAAAUUUAAAUUAAAAUGGAAUGAUGGAAAAUUUUUAAAUGCUGAAUGUUUCUUUAAAUUUAAAUGA